AUGCGCAAUUUAAUUCAAGAUUUAAUUCAUCAGAUUGAACCUGAAUUCAAGUUACUUAAUUCAAACAAACAGAUUAGUUCAUUUCUAUCAUCAGCAAAACAGAUAGUAGAACUUAAACAAGAAGAAACUAUUCAUUUUAUAGCUACCAUUUUUAUUAUUUAUUUAAUCUUUGGUUGGAACAUUCAUCUUAUUGGAAAUUUCAUUGGAUUUCUUGUUUCAUUUUAUGUCGUAUUAUUAGCGAUUGAUUUAUCAUUAACAAAUAAUGAUGCAAAAUGGUUCAUCUAUUGGAUAGUUUAUGUAUUGUUCGGCUUUUUUGAUUAUCUUUGCGAUAGUUUAUAUUUGAAUCUUCGCUUUUUUUGUUUUGCAAAAUUUAUUUUUCUCAUAUGGCUCGUUAUUCCUCAUAUGAUCUAUGAUAAUAUUCUAGUUUAUUACAAAACUAUUCAUCAAUUCAUAUUGAAUUACUUUCAACCAAAUCCGAAAUUUUACAAUGUAAAAGCAGGGCAAUGUAUAAUUGAUGAUGCUAAUUUGUACGAUCAGUACAGUAAUCCUUUAGAUAGAGAAUAUGAUUUAGGUCGAGAUGGUGCAUUUGUUGGCUAUCGAAUUUUAAUUGGGCAAUUUUAUAAAAGUGGAGAUAUGAAAGCGCCAAUUGAAGCAUUAGAAAUCAAAGGUUUUUCCGUGAAAAAUGUUAAACAUGAAAUUGAUUUUAUAUCUGAACUUCGAUCAAAUCAUUAUCAAAUUGCAUGGGUUAUUAGUUCAAGUUCUAUUGAUAGUAAAUCAUUUAUUUCAACAUUAAUAGAUUUUCAUUCCAAUGGUGGAGCUGUCUUUUUAUUUGCUGAUAAUGUACCUUAUGUAUCUCAUGCAUCGGAAUUUCUCUAUAAAAAAUUCGGUAUUGUUCUUGCGGGUGAUUAUCAAGGUAAUAAAACACUCGCAUUUAAUGAAGAUGGUUAUUUCCAGGCCGGACGUUUUGGUCAACAUGAAAUUUUUACGGGAAUAAAACAUUUAUUCGAAGGUGUUACAAUCUGUCAUCCUGUCUAUUCUAUGUCAACAAAUCGAACAUUAAUAACUACUCUAGCAACAGCAACUGAUGGAAAUCCAUGUAUUAUUGCAUUCGAUCCACCCAUAGGGUCUACUGAAGGACGUUUAUGUUUAGAUUGUGGUUUUACGAAAUUAUUUAUUAAUUGGAAUUCAGCAGGUACAGCACGUUUUAUUGUUAAUGCUAGCUGUUGGUUAGCAAGAGCAACAAAGUGA